GGCUGUUACCACCUCACUGCUACGGUACGGUCAAUGUCAGUCAAAAGCUCCCCCUCCUCUUCCCCUUCUCACCCACCUCUCGAACCCUCCGGCCCUGCAAACCCUAGCUUCCCUUCCCGAGCCUUCCAUGGCCGACGGCGAUCCGGAGGCGGUCCCGUCCGAGGGGAAUCUCCCAGCCCCGGAGGCGGCGGCGGCAGAGGUGGAGGAGACGCGCCCGCCGCCGGCGGAGCCCCACGGGGAGCCGGCAGACGAGAAGCGCCCAGCCCCUGAGUCGACGGCCGAAGUGGAGACGCCCCCGCGACAGGAGCCCCCCGGGGCGCCGCCGAGUCUCCCCGCGGACCUGGAGAAGAAGGCGAAGGCCGAGGCGAAGAAGAUUAAGGAGGUGAAGGUGGAGGCGAAGGAGAUGGAGAUAGGAGCGAAGGACAAGGUGGAGAAGGAGAAGAAGAAGAAGGGGAAGGUGGAGGCGGAGGCAAAGGAGACGGAGGUGAAGGUGGAGGGGAAGGAGAAGGGGGCUAAAGCGACCCGGCGGCCGGCUGGGGCCAGCGCGGACGCACCCAUCCUCGCGGUGCCGGUGGUUGCCGUCCCGUGCUUCAUCGCGCCUCCGGGGUUCACGGGCCAUUUUGCGAUGAGUCAUCAGGCAGCUUUGGCUAGUGUUACAGCUCAGGCGCAUAUGCAGUUGCAAUCACCGACCUCGUCUGCAUGUUCAGAAGCACCGUCAAGUCCGUUUUAUAUAACACCUAAAGCUCUAGCACCACUGCAGCAAGCACUGCCAGUAACUGAGGGAAGUGUCUGUAGACCAAUCGCUGACAAGUCAUCUUCGCAUCACCAUGUUGUAAAUAUGGUGGCUGAUGGCUUCAACUGGAGGAAAUAUGGUCAGAAGCAAGUGAAAAGUAGUGAUAAUUCCAGGAGUUACUAUAGAUGCACGAACUCAGGUUGUUUGGCUAAAAAGAAGGUUGAGCAUUUUCCUGAUGGUAGUGUUGUGGAAAUUAUAUACAGAGGAGCGCAUAACCAUGAGCCCCCACAAAAGACCAGAUUUUCUAAAGAAAGAGUGACUCCUAUUGGUGUUCCCUCUGGAGACGAAACCUUGCGACUUGUGAACACAGAAAUUUUAGAGUCCCGGACACCUACAUAUAAAUUAGACCAGAGUGCUGUCUCUGAAACUUCUGAGCAGCAUCUCUUUUGCUCAAGUGAUUGCGAAGGGGAUGCUGGUAACAAAUCUGAGGAUGAACAUCCUAGUGCAGAGCCCCAGCCGAAGCGAAGGGCGGUUGAAACCACAACACCUAACCUAACCCCGGUUCUCAGAACUGUUCGAGAGCAAAAGAUUAUUGUGCAGGCUGGAAAGAUGAGCGAUGGAUACAGAUGGCGUAAGUAUGGACAGAAAAUUGUGAAGGGAAAUCCGAACCCCAGGAGUUAUUAUCGCUGCACACAUGGUGGAUGUCCUGUCCGUAAGCAUGUUGAGAAAGCACCAGACGAUGUAAACAAUAUCGUAGUGACUUAUGAAGGUAAACACAACCAUGAUGAACCAUUUAGAAGCAGCAGCGAGUUGAGAGACAUACCAGUUCCAGUGAUCGCUCCAUCAGCGACAAUGACCGAGCAACCCAAGACGUCGACCUCAACAUCAGUGAUCACUACAUCAGCAAGAACCACUGAGCAACCCAACACAUCAACCUCAGCAUCAGAUGAGAAACCUCCAGCCAACACGCAGAAGGAUGCCAUUGGUGAGUCCGUUAAGGAUACAGAUUUAGAACUUGGAGGUGAGAAGGUGCUCGAAUCUGCACAAACACUGCUCAGUAUCAGAACUACUACCGAUGACAUGAAGAAUUCUGUCCUGAAAGAAACUUCUGCUGCGGUUCCUGUCCAAAACAGUUGAUUCUGAUGAGAUAGGGUGAUUCGAUUGAUGUAUUAGUUUGUGAUAUUUAUUGGUUUCAUGAUCUGUUCUUGUGUUAGCUUGUGUAUGAGUUGAGGGUUGGCAUUCGGCAUUCUGUGGAGCACUGGCGGACAUUCAACGAAGCAUUAGGUUCUGAAAGCCAUGACCAUUUGCGUACUUGUAUAGAUUUUCAAUUCCUAGUGUGUACAGGUACUGUAUUUCUUACCGAGGCUAAGCAACAAGGAGAACAGAUAACAUGUGUGGGGGUGCUCUUUAUAACAAUUUGUGUUGUAUUGUUCUAGUUCAAUUUAUUGCUGAGCUGAUCUGAGA